GUGGUCAUUCCGCAUCAGGCUCUUGGCGUGCUAGGUUCGUCGCUUUACCUCCUGAUCUGAGUUGCAUCGAGCCUCUUUCGUGACGUGAACAUGGUGUCUUCCAUUCAUGCGGAGCCUGUGUCACGAAGUGACCAAUACAAGAGGGUUAUGAAACCUUUAUUGGAAAGAAAGCGCCGCGCGCGCAUAAAUCGGUGUUUAGAUGAACUUAGAGACCUUUUAGUAUCUGUGCUUCAGUCUGAAGGAGAAGCUGUCACGAGAUUGGAAAAAGCUGAUAUCCUAGAACUAACAGUACGACAUGUACGAAGAUUGAGUCAGAGGCGACGGCUUGCCAUUCCAACUCCUAGUUCGAGACAACAAGAAGAACGAGAAGAUGUCACGAAGUUCCAGCAGGGAUUCGUGGCAGCUGCGCAACAGGUUCACACAUUCCUGAUGAACACUAACAGUUUGGAACCUGCUAUAUCUUCAAGACUCCUCUCCCACCUUACAAGUUGCGCCACAUCUAUAACUCCUACACCGCCCCCUGUUGUGUCGCCUAAUUCGCUUCCUCAGCCUCCACUUCCAGCAUCAAAUAUUCCCGUUCGUGGACAAUCUUCAAACGUGAAAGCUGUUGUUCCAAUUCGCUCUCCCGUAAACCCAUCAGCAGCGGUGAAUCCCAGUAUUGUGCCUGCCGUGAAUUCUUCAGGUGUCCUUGCCUCAUAUAUUCCUUCAGGAUCUAAAAAUUUCUCAAAACCAUUGGUUCCAGGUGUCGUUGACCAACCGAUUAACUCCCAAUGUUCUGUACCGUACCAAAUUCGCAUGAAAGCAACUAAUCAACAGCUUGUCGAGUUGAGUGAUCAGAAAUCAUCGAACACUAUGCUUACUCCCAUCAACCGUGAUAUCCCCAUGCCAGCCGUGGCGCCCUCUCCUUUUAUUGACGUAGUGUCAACAGAAUACGAAUUUUCUGAACCAAGCAAGUUGGGAAUUAAAUCUGAAUUCUCUCUACGUUCACCUCAAGAACCUAACUUCACUCUUCAACUUCACGCCAAGUUCUUGCCGCGAAAUUCAUCUCCGAGGAUGUUCGACUCGCCUGGCAGUGAAACCGACUCUGACAGCAGUUGCGCGUCGCCGAGCCCUCAGGAUCUCUCGAUGAAGAAGAACAUCGAAGAGUCAGGUUCAUCCUGGCGCCCUUGGUGACAGACUCAUUGACAUCAGUGUAGCAAAAUAGUUUUCUGCGGUGUACAAAUUCAUGUUCGUUCGUUGUGGUUUUAAUAAUCUGACUGUGAUAUUGUUGUACGUUACUCUAUUUCUGCAGAGGAUAAAUUCUGUGUAUUUUUAGCAAGUUGUAACUAUUAUUCUUCGAUUCCCGAGUCAGUUUAGGUUGGAGAUUUGUCAUUCUUGAAAAGCCAUUCAUUCUAUAUUGAAACUAGUAGCAGUAAAUUCGCGAUUUUUGUUUCGUUUAUUGUAAAAGUGGUUUCCUGCCUCAUGUUUUUAGUUAUUAAACCUUUAUUGCUGCACUGAUGAGGUAUCAUGGUGGCGUGUGUAACAUCUAAUUAAUUUACUAGUUUAAAUUUAUUCACCGGAUCGUUGAUUGUAACAGUUCCGUUUAAACUGAUAUUUGAUCAAGGUAAUAAUUAUUGAGUCGCUUGAACAGCUGAAGUUCAUCUUCGUCGAUAAUUUAAAUGUAGUUUCGUUACGUUAACCUUCGUUGCUGGUAAUAUUCUGAAUCAUCAACGAGUUAGCCUGGGCUUUUUUGGCCCAUUAUUUAAUUGGAUAGUUUCUUGUUUCCAUUAUUUGCGACCAUCGUGUACAAACCUUAGCUUAUAAGGAUAGCUAUGCCUGGUAAAAUGAUGGAAUUUUCAUACCUUUUCUUUGUAGCUGUUUUCUGUGAUUAUACGAAAAGACAAC